UCCGUCUGUAAGGAAUGUGUCCACCCGCGUUUUAUAAUCUGUCCAACAGAGGGCAGUGUAAAUAUAUUAACAGUUUUCAGUGCGACUUCCGGGAAAACAGCAAGACUUGAUGAUCCGGGUGUAGUAUAAUGAUCCAGAAGCUCCCCAAAUCCUUACUCAGGCGAUGGGGGCAGACGGCGGGUCUGGAACUGCCGCGGGACCGGAUGUACCCUGGCGGAAGGUUUUGUGGGAGCGUCAGCCGUUCCCGGACAACUAUGUCGACCGUCGGUUCCUGGAGGAGCUAAGGAGGAACGUGGGUGUUCGGCAGUACCACUACUGGGCGGUGGUGAAGGAAGCUGUGCUGGUAGGGCAGCAGAUAUCCUGCGUGUCUCUGUUCCUCACUCUGUGGUACUACAUGGAUCAGGGUCUGUUGUCCCCCACCACACUGCUGUGGACUUGCCUGCUCUGUGCAUUGCUGGGCUACGGACUCUACCAAGCGCUGAAGCCGGGGGGACGAUCGAGCUUGCGGCCUCGCACGCGUUUAGCGGACCUCCAGAGCGCCGCCAUCUUCCUGUCC